AUGGGAGUACAGGAUGACCUCCAAAACGUUGUCGACUGGACCGAUGAAUACGAUUUUGGCAAUCCUCGGAACUUCUCCCCAGUUACGAAGUGGGGAACAACAGUUCAUUACGGUCUUGUUACCUUCAUUGUUACUUUUGCCAGUUCAAUUUUCAGCACUGCAACUGAGGUGACAAGCGAGUUAUUCGGGGUCUCGAAGGAUGUCAUGCAUUUAGCAACAGCCCUCAAUGUUUUGGGCUUUGCAUUUGGCCCCUUGGUUUUUGGACCGCUCUCCGAGUUGUACGGCCGCAAGACUCCCCUGCUACUGGGACUCCUCGUCUUCUGUGUCUUCAACAUACCAAUUGCAGUCGCAACAAACGUCGAGACGAUAUUGAUAUGCAGAUUCAUCGUUGGCUUCGGAGGCGCGGCUCCUUUAGCCAUCGUCGGCGGCGCACUCGUCGACCUCUUCCUUCCCAUUGAAAGAGGCAUCGCGGUCUGCAUCUUCGCCGGCGCAACUUUCAUGGGCUCCAUUUUCGGGCCGAUAGUCGGUGGCUUUGUCACUGAAUCCCAUUUGGGAUGGCGAUGGACGGCUUGGUUGACACUCAUCCCCGGUGCUGUGCUGUGGGCGAUUCUCUUGCUGUUCAUCCCGGAGACAUAUGGUCCAGUCAUUCUCCAAAGAAGAGCUCGGGAGCUCCGUUUCGAAACUGGCAAUUGGGCACUCCAUGCUGCUAUCGAGGAGCAUCGGUUGGAAUUGAGCGAUAUCGCGCAGAGGUACCUCGUUAGACCUAUCGCCAUGCUCUGCCGCGAGCCCAUCUUGGCCCUCGUGACGGUCUAUAUGUCGCUCAUUUACGGUAUCUUAUACCUCUUCUUCGAGGCUUACCCAAUCUCCUUUUCCGUCAAACGCGGUUGGAGUCUGGGCGUAGGAACACUUCCGUUCCUAAGUCUUGGGCUCGGCAUUGUCCUUGGAGGAGUGGUCGUACUAUUACACCUCAAAUACCGGUACGCAAAGAUAUAUAAAGCGGAUGGAAAGGUGCCGCCAGAAGAACGCCUCAUUCCAAUGAUAUUCGGUGCUGUUUCAUUACCAAUAGGCAUGUUUUGGUUCGCCUGGACAAGCGAUCCAGACAUUCAUUGGGCUUCCCAAGUCCUUGCAGGCAUUCCCACCGGAAUAGGGAUCAUGACCAUAUUCAUACAAGGCUUGGUGUACUUAAUCGACACAUAUGCUCAACUCUCAAACAGCGCUAUCGCGGCUAAUGUAUUUCUGAGAAGCUGGGUUGGUGCCGGUUUUACUAUGUUUGCGACCAGCAUGUAUAACAAACUGGGCGUUGCAUGGGCAUCAUCACUACUUGGUUUCAUCUGCGUUUCUUUGAUACCAGUCCCAGUGUUAUUUUUUAAGUAUGGUGAAGUCAUUAGGAAGAAAAGUGUGUAUGCUCCAUUUACGGACUAA